AUGAGCUGGGCGUUUCUGACCAAGUUGCUGGAGGCUGUGACCCAGCACUCCACUCUGGUGGGGAAACUCUGGCUGUCCGUGCUGGUCGUUUUCCGACUAGUGCUCCUGGCCGUGGGUGGGGAGGCUAUUUACCGGGACGAACUAAGUGGAUUCGUGUGUAACACUCGGCAGCCUGGAUGCCAAAACGUCUGCUACGACACCUUCGCACCCCUCUCGCAUGUGCGUUUCUGGGUAUUCCAGAUCAUUCUCGUCACUGCGCCCACUGUGUUCUAUUUGGGUUAUGCUGUACACCAUCUGUCCCGGCGCCAGAUGACCCAGAAGCAAGAGAAGGAAGGCGAGGAAGACGAGAAGGAGCCUAUGAUCAAAGAGAAGAAGCCUCAGAUGUGCCCUGACGAUGGGGCCCAUGAUGGUCGCAGGAGGAUCCGCAGGGACGGGCUCCUAGGGGCCUAUGUUGGGCAGUUGCUGGUGCGGACUGCAUUAGAGGUGGCCUUCCUAGGGGGCCAGUAUCUGCUCUAUGGCCUAAAAGUGCCUUUCAACUAUGACUGCACGCAGAGUCCUUGCCCCCAUACCGUAGUCUGCUUUAUAUCUCGUCCCACGGAGAAGACCAUCUUCCUGCUGAUCAUGUAUGCAGUCAGUGGCCUCUGCCUCCUGCUCAACCUGAUCGAGUUGCUGCACCUGGGCCUGGGGAACGUGAAAAAUGGUAGAAACCGCCCUGCCCCAUCUCCCCAUUCCAAGAGUUUCAAGCUGGAGCUGCAGCAAAUGCAGAAACAGUUGCAUCUGGUCCAGAAGCAAAUGGACAUGGCACUGCAUCUGGGCGCACCUUUGGCCUCAGUGCCUACCUGUUCAGGGCAGCCUCCAACCUACCAUAUCUCAACUCAGCAAAAUCGGCACAACCAAGCCCAGAAAGAGGCGCGACUGGCCAAGACAGGUAUGUAG